AUGUUCAAGUUCGUUGUCUUAAUCGUCCUUUCGUGCAGUUUUACGACUGCCUUUCACUCCCCCUUCCACGCUCAUUCGAACCGUGGUUUGAGCUUUAACCCACCGUUGAGACUCCUGGAAGCUCGAUCAGGCGCGCAUAAGCACAUCCUUGGCAAUGGCAAGAGACAUGUUCAUCAACAACAUGUACCCGAUAGCUGGACCAACGCGCAGCGAUUGUCGAUGGGCUUGCCUAUUAAGCCACCCACGAAAGACAAACACGUAGCAGAUCCUACGGAGCCCCCCGAACCCCCGGUCAUCUUCUGUGGCAGAGGAUUCUACAUCUCCCAAGACCUGAACUCGUUCGGUCAAUACACUCGGACCACCGACCCUACAAGGAGCCUGGUCCUUGACAUCGACAUGAUUGCAGCGCAGCUCGGGCCAAACGGAAGUCCCACUUUCCCUCAGCUUUCAGCUUUGAACGGUUGGGCGAACGUAAACACCGAUCUUGGCCCUGGUACAUACCACUAUGCGUACCUCGGUGGUUCCACCGACACACCUCCGGGCUCACCCGCUGUGGUUCAGCCGAGUUCGUUCUCAGCAGCUUCAGGCAGCCCCGUCGGGGUCCAGAGCUCCAUCUGGCGAUAUAGCCCAGGAUCGGGCGUCACUCCUCACUGGAUCAACUCUGACGGCUCAGAAGCAGAAACUGAGCUUGUUUAUGUCCCAGCCGCUCUUGCGUUUGCGUUAGUGGGUGAUGUUGCGAUAUUCGAAGCAAACUUCGGUGGCACUGAGCCAUGUACUCUUACAUUCAUACCCGACACCAUCUCUGCGCCUAUUCGCUAG